AGCUUGGUUAAACCUAAUUCAAUGGGACACCCUAUAUAAGUAUUCACCAUUGUCGGAACUAUUUUCCGGAAAUGGCAGAAGAGACUAUUUGAUAUAAAUAAAGGCUCCACCACGUGAAUUAAAGUUUAUAACUCUCAAAACAAAUAUGUCAUUAAGAUGUAUAAGUCAUCAUGGAUAUCUUUCAAAAAUUGUUGUUUUUAGUGAAAAUAAAAAAAAGAUAAAUUUUAUAAUUCAGCGUUGUAUUAAGCCAGUGAUUAUUUCAACAAGGACAUUAUCACAGAUUAUCAAUACAGACGCAGAUAUAUUUACAAAAUAUAAAUAUUUACGCGCUGCUAUAUUAAAAUACAAACAAAUAAGAAAGUAUGAAUAUGAAAACAUUAUAAAGAAAAUAAAAAAGCAAAAUGAUGUAACUCCGAACCAAGUAUAUUCACUAUUAAAAUGGAGUAAUAAUAUAAAUGAUUCUUCACCACAUGAAAAAAUGAAACUUGUAGAAUCUUUAUGGAUUAAUUUAGCCAUAUGCAAUUUCAAGCUCAAUGUAGUACAUUAUAAUACACUGUUACAAGUCUACAUAGAUAAUAAUUACAAUUUUUCUCCACCUGACAUAUUGAUGGAAAUGAAAGAUAACGAGAUUUUACCAAAUUUUGCUACUUAUCAUAUGUGUAUUAAGCAUUACUGUAUAAAAGGGAAUGUUAAUGAAGCUAUGUCACUUCUGACCUCUGGCUUUGUGAAAAUACCUUGGCAUUAUUUAAUUCAAAUUUUUAAUACAUUACUGGUUGGCUAUUCUCAAUUAGGGAACAUUAAAUCUGUCGAUAAUAUUCUAUAUAUUAUGGAAAAUAGAAAUAUAAAACCAACUGCAGAUACAUAUGCAGUUGUUAUGUGUACUUAUGCUAAAUUAAAUGACAUUAAUAAAAUAAAAGAAAUAAUACAAGAUUGUCAUUCGCGUAAGAUGUAUUUUACUAAUACACAUAUUUUGAGGGUGAUUUACACAUUAGCUGCAAAUAAUCAUUUAGAAUCUGUUGAUGCUAUGUAUGAGUAUUUAAAGAAUACGUUAAACAUUUCUAAUGCAGAAAUGCAAGUUAUAAUGGAUAUAUUCAAUAUUGGUCAAGUAAAUAUAGUUACAACUUUAUUUUCACAUAUGCUUUCACAAAGCUAUGUCAAAUAUACAAAUACGAAACUACUUCUAAGAUAUGCAAUUGAUGUAAAUUUGGAUCCAAAUAAAAUUAUUGAAAUAUGUAAUUCUUUUAACCACAAUAUAGAACUAUAUAAGAAAUUGUUAUCAUUUGCACUGUAUUAUUCGUUAUCAAAAAAUAGUCAUGUAUCUUUAGCUCUACUCAGAGCAUGUAAACCUCAUUAUACAAUUAAAGCACAUUAUUUUUGGCCACUUUUAAGCAAUUACGGACUGAACUGUGAUUUUGAUGGUAUUUUAAAUAUUCUUACUAUUAUGAUCACAGAGUUUAACAUACCACCUUGUGUUCAUACAAUUUCUGAUUACAUUUUAUCAAUAUUAUUUGUAAGAUCCCCAGAACAUACUAGACAAUUAUUAAUAAAAUACAAAGUAGAUAAAACCGUCGUUAAUAAUGCUUAUUUAUUAAUGUAUUUAAGGACAUUUAGAACAAUUCAAGCAGCAAUAUAUAUGCGAUCUCAUCCAGAUAAAUAUUUUUAUAAAAUACAUAGUCAUGAGCUCAGGAAAGCUUCAGUUCUUAAAAAUGACAUAGAAAGUUUUAUAAUGAUCAGUACUGAACUAUUAGAAAAUACUACAGAUGAUUACAAUCAUAGAAAAGUGUUUGUGUCUAUGGAUAAACAAUUACAGGAUGCAAUGAUUGAUUUAUCAUCUAACAAACAGUGGUUAGCAAAGGUGCUUCAACGUUUAGUAGCUAAAAAUAUUGUAUUAAAACCUGAAACAGUACGGGAAAUAAAUACUUUUCUACAUGGAUAUCUUACAGAUGAUAUAGUAUGUUCACUGGAAAAUUUAGCAAAAAAAACGCCAAGCACGCAAGUAAAGCAUGCACUGUAAAUGAAAUUCUUUAAAGUAUGUGUAACAUAUUGGGAGUAAUAUGAAGCAUAAAAGUUAUAUAAAUAGGAAAUAAUGUUAAAUCAUUAUAAAUCAAAGAUGUACUAUAUAUACUAUAGUAUUUAUAUAAAUAUUUGUAAUUUAUGUAGAAUGAUCUUUUAUGUAAGUAAACAUGUUUUGAGUUAUA